AUGGACGUUGUGCAGGACUGGGCAGCAUACUUCCUCAAUCAAAAUCCUCAGGCGUACGCGACGUACACGCCCUACCUCUGGCAGUUCUACAACGCCCUCAACACCGUCAAAUCAUGGAUCCUCCCUAUCAUCGACCAAAUCUCACACAAACCCGACUUGGCUACUAUCGCUCUACUCCUGGUCAUCGUGCUAGUUUCUCUAAAGAUUCUCGACAUGCUGUGGCAAACGGUAAUCUUCUGGUUCAAGCUAGCAAAGCAGAUACUGUUCUGGGGUGGACUAGCAGGACUGGGCCUCUGGUUGUGGAGUAGAGGACCGGAGGGUAUGAUGCAAGAUGUGCAGUAUUGGCAAGGGGCAUGGAGCUCAGAGUAUGGGUAUUGGAAAGAACAGGAGAAGAUAGCAAGGUUGUCAAGGCAGGGUGUGAAUUAUGGUGCUCCACCGCAGCCCGUACAGCGUGGAUGGUUUGGACGAUGA